AUGACCGCCGAAGUAUCGCACGGGAGAGGUGGAGCAGGAAACAUGGCAGCCGACGACACCAAAUACGUUGACGGCGAGGUCGUAAGGGCUGGUCCCGAGGGCUCUCACGGAACUGGCGCCUUCAGCUCUGGCCGAGGAGGAGCCGGAAACAUCGCCGAUGCCAAGACCCAACCCGCCCCGCGCGCCGACAAGGACCUCGUCCCCGAGGAGGCCUACCGCCCCUCGACCGAGGGCCAGGACUACCACGUCGGCCGGGGUGGCGCCGGCAACGCCGUCGAGACGGACAAGCCGGCUGCCCACAAGGACAUUGACCACGAGAAGAAGGCCGCCGCCCAGGCCCGCGCCGAGGGCAACACCGGCGUCAGCGUUGCCGACAAGCUCAAGGCUAAGAUCCUCGCACCCUUCCACAAGAAGUAG